AUGCGUGAAGCUGCACGAGCAGCACACGCAGUAACUUGCUACCUUUCAAACUCGCCGCUUCUUUCGGGCCAGGGAGUCUGCGGCUGCCCACCGCGGAGGCUCCUUACCUUUCUUCGGGCGUCCUGCGGCAGUGACUGCUCCUCCUGGUACGGCUACCCAAGAGACAGUAACUGCACUUCCAACAAAAGGCAAUGGAUGGACCACAGGAGCGACUUCGGAAGCAGGUUGAUGUAUGUUCAUGGUAAUGACGCCUUGAGAGACCCCUUGGCUGUUUUUGAAGUCCCCAAGAGGUCCAGGAUGCAAGGGGACCCCCAUGGGAAGCGAUGCCCAUCACGGCAUUCUGAGCUCUCGAUGUACGUCCCUGUGUGCCUGUCUUAUCGCUCCACCUUGCAUACACGUGCGUUAGCCACUAAUCACCAGCUGCAGCAGCAAAAACAGCAGCUGGCAGCAUCAAAAGAAUCGCAUCAUGCUUCUCUGCCUGAGGGCGUCGCGUAUCCAGCAGAUUACGCGGCUAUGGGGGCUUCUAGUAGAAGCAACAGCAGCAGUGUUAGCAGUAGCGGUAGCAGCACCACAGCCACCAUCAACGACAAGAGGGGUCGCGCAGUGGAGCAGAUGGAUAUGCUGCCGGCCUGGGCUCGACGGGUGCUGCCCCCUCAUCGUGAAGUCCUCUUUUUGAGAAUUAUACCAGUGGCACCUUUGGUCGGCAUGGCAUUGGGAGUGCAUAUCCUACCACCACUUGGUCUUGGAUACCUUGCCAGGGAUUGUCUCUCUGCGCUAAUAGCCUAUUCUGCUGCCCUUCUAACUGCAAAUGCCGCUGUCCACGCGGGUCUGCAGCUUGCGGAAUUCGGCUUCCCCGCACAGCGCCAGCAUAGAGGCUUUUAUAUCGUUGGGCGUCUAGGAGUUUCCCUCUUCUUUGUCGUUCAUUCGCUUCUCGUCUGCGGCCUAUUGCACGACGAGCCCCUGCACGGGAUUUACCUCUGCUGCGCCUCGUGUGUGGGCCUUCUGGGAGUGGACUGGCUGCUCUUUAAAAAGUCUACAAUGCCUGUUUGGUAUGCCGAUUCGUCCGUUUUGCGUGCUGAGCUCAUAUGGUGUCGAUAUGUUCCUAGCGGAGCGGCGCAAUCUCUGCUUGUGGAUGUUGGGGGGUAG